CUGGGAAAUAUUCUCCACCGUGAAAUUUCCUCUACAACAGUGAGCUCCUGUCAUGCAAACAAACAACCCGCAAUGGAUGAAAGCAGUCUGGAGGAAGCCAUCGGGACCUACAGAGCUCAGCUUCAGCAAGUUGAGCUGGCUUUAUCUGCUGGUUUGGGAUCAGCAGAGCAAGAUGACCUUCUGAAGCUGAAGGAGGACCUCCAGCAGCUCAUCGAGCUAACAGAGUCCAGCUUGGUGUCUGUCAAAAAAAGCCAAUUGCUUGCUGCUUUGGAGGAGGCUUCCACCAACCAAAGUGACACUUCUGUUCCUCAAGAAACUGCUUUGGACAAUGAGUUUGCCGCUUUUUAUGCAGAACUAUCUGAAGACUCUAAUGAGGUAAAACCAAACCCUGAUACUGAUGAGGAAAACGAGGAGGAAGAGCAGGAUAUUAGUGGAACUAAAGUUUGUGCACCUUACCGUACCUCAUGGGGAACCCUAGAGUACCAUAAUGCCAUGGUGGUCUGUCCUGAAGAGCCUGAAGGAGAAGAGGCUCGAGUCCGGGUUUUUUACAUUCAUCCCACACACAAAUCCAUGAAACCCUGCGGCUUCUACCUUGAGGGAAAGUGCCGCUUCAUGGACAACUGCAGGUACUCUCACGGUGAGGUGGUGUGUGUAUCAGAGCUCAGAGACUUCCUGGAGGCCGACAUCAGUAACAUGGAGUCGGGCUCCGCGUGUUUGGCCAAGCAUGAAGAUGGCAUCUGGUACCCAGCCAGAAUAUCAGAGAUUGAAGGGGGUUUUUACACAGUGAAAUUUGACUCACUGCUGUUGAAGGAGGCUGUGCUGGAGGCUGAUGGGAUCAUUCCUCCUCUUCGUCAGGAUGAUGUUUCCUCCUCUUCCUCAUCGGACUCCGAGGAUGAUGCUGAGUGUGAUGGAGGCUAUGCUAAAGUAUUCACAUCAAGAGAAGAGGAUUUGGCCCAGGUAAACACUGCUGAGUUUUGCGGUUGGGAAGCUCACACACGUGGCAUUGGCUCAAAGCUCUUAAUGAAAAUGGGUUAUGAGCUUGGUAAAGGCUUGGGAAAAACUCUCUCUGGUCGUGUCGAGCCAGUUCAGGCAGUGGUUCUUCCCAAAGGCCACUCAUUGGAUAUAUGCGCGGAACUUACUCAGAGAAAAACUGCAGCUGCUAUUGCCAAGAAUAACCCGACCUCACAUAAAAGAAAGGCUAAAAAGAAGAAAGCGUCCACAUCCACACGCCACAAUGUUUUUGACUUUCUAAACUCUAAGCUCGGUGAUAGAGCUCAGUCUGCGUCUCAUUCCUCAAGCUCAUUGGUCACUGGUGCAGAGGCCUAUAGGGGUGGAAAAAGCACCAAACGGUCCCUUAAUGUUCGUCUGUUUGAGGCCGCGGAGAAAGUCACUCAAGUUGAAAGAGAGAUCCAGCAACUUACUAAGUCUCUCAGUAAACGGAACGGAAGGGAUGCUGCUGUGGUCAGUCGCCUAGAGGAGAAACUCGCAGCCUCCCGCAAGUUACUGGAGCAGCUAAAGGCUCAAGAGCAGGCCAUCCAGAGAGAGCAGAAGAAGGCAGACACUCAUAAGAAAAUGACCGAAUUCUGACACAUCUGCUGUUUUUUAUACCAUUAUUAGGGAUUUUUCAUUUUAGUGUUAAAACAUUAUUAUGAGUUUGGUAUGUAUUAAAAAAAUGGAUGUACUAUAAAAUCUAUGAUAUUCAAAUUCUUACCA